AAUUCUGCCCCUUUUCCUGUUUUUCUUUUAACCUCCACUUCUCUUUCACAGUUCCUGGUCAAUUGUUGCAGUUGGAUUACUGGUUCUGGUUUUUAUUGCUUUGUUGGCUCGUGUUCUUGUCAAAAGAAAACCACCAAAAGAUCCGCUGUUUUAUGUUUAUGCUGUAUUUGCCUUUACCAGUGUAGUGAAUCUAAUAAUUGGGCUGGAACAAGAUGGAAUUAUUGAUGGAUUCAUGACUCAUUACUUGAGAGAGGGUGAACCGUAUCUGAACACUGCGUAUGGCCAUGUGAUCUGCUACUGGGAUGGCUCUGCUCAUUAUCUGAUGUAUCUUUUGAUGGUGGCAGCUAUUGCUUGGGAACAAAGCUAUAGAACCAUUGGCCUUUACUGGUUGGGUUCCAUUUUCAUGAGCAUCAUUGUCUUUAUGCCUGGAAACAUUGUGGGAAAAUAUGGAACAAAAGUGUGUCCUGCUUUUUUCUUGAGUGUACCAUAUAUUUGCCUUCCCGUAUGGGCUGGGUUCCGAAUUUAUAACCAACCUUCAGCAACUCAUGAUACUCCAGUCAAGGUGGUUCAGGAAGUUCAGAAGAAAGGACUCUUAAGACGACCAAUAGAUUUAAUGUUAGCUGCGUAUCUCAUUCUAGCAGCGGGGUUUUGCAUAUUCAGGGGCAUGAUUGCUCUGGAUUGCCCUGCUGAACUCUGCCGGCUAUAUAUUCAGCUUCACGAGCCUUAUAUAAAAGAUCCUGCUGCCUAUCCUAAGCUUCAGAUGCUGGCAUACAUGUUCUACUCCGUGCCGUAUUACGUGAUUGCUUUGUAUGGCCUGCUGGUGCCUGGUUGUUCCUGGAUGCCUGAUUUAACCCUUAUACAUGCUGGAGGACUAGCUCAGGCUCAGUUUUCCCAUAUUGGUGCUUCUCUUCAUGCCCGAACUCCUUACAUCUACAGAGUCCCUGAAGAAGCAAAACAGUUUUUUCUGAUAUUGAACAUAAUGUAUGGGAUUCUUCCCCAGCUGCUGGCUUACAGGUGUGUCAACAAGCCCGAGUUUUUUAUGAAGGCAAAAGAAGAAGAAAAAACAGAAUAGCACAACUGUUUUCAGCUCCUCUUUUUGGCUGUGUAUGUAAUUGGGUUUGGAUGUAAUGGAACUUGCUCAGACGGAACACAAAUGACGUGUGCCAGAUUGCACAGCUGUGUGGAGAUGCAUGGCCUGUUUUGUUCACCUGACUCAAAAAGGGAAAAUAAAGAUAACUGCUUUCAAUAUCACUUCUCAACAUUUUGACUUCAAGCACAGUUCAUACUUCAUAUAUGGUUCAUUUUUAAAAUAUUGCAUGGAAUUAAAUAGUAACAGUGCCAGUGUUUUGCCUCCACACACUGAAGAAUAUCAGUUAGCAAUCCCUACACAAAGUUAUUACAGAAUGUGAAGGUCGAGAUUUUCAAGUGUCAGAAAUUAACAUACAUAACUCUGUAACAUGCACAUGUUUUAUUUGUCAAAAAGUAAUGUCUCGUGGGUCAGCCUUGUUAAAAACCCCAAGAAAUCUUUCAAGAAGCAAUCCACUGUGAUGGUAUGACUCCGUUUAUGCUAUGCAAGUCGUAGAGUUUUCUUAAUACUUUCAAGGAUUCACUUCUGCAAGGACUACUCAUCUGCUUUAAGUUAAGCAUGUGCUUACUUGUGUUUCUGAGUUGGGCAUGGAGUGCUCACUGCCUUGAGCAGUCAGCCCUUCCACAUUAACAUGCAUUUUCCAAGAGGAGGGUUCUGCUGAAGCGUUAUCCUACGCAGCUCCUUUUGCUAAUGGUGUUAGGUCGUAAACAAGUAGCAGCAUAUACAGAGACCUUGCUUGGCCUGUUUAGGUUUCCACUUGCAAUUACAACUAUUUAUUUGAUUGCUAUUGGUAUUUAUACUUAAAGCAGGAUAUUUAGUGCCUUUCUUGCAGAUGAAAUUAGCUGAUACAUUUUAACUGCAAACACUUUAUUUUUGGGAUGUUGAAUUUUGGGUGUUUUGACUUGGAGAAUUUCAGUUUUCUUUUUAAACCUAAUCAGUAACAGGAAAGCAUCAGCUCAUGCGCAUGCAUGUUGCACUCUACACAAGGGGACUUUCAGAGCAGCAAGAAAGUCAUGCGUUCACGCUCUGCAGUGAAGCACUGAGGCGUGGUUCAUAGCAGCGCUCAGAAGACAGAACCCAUGGUUUCAUACCUCCGACCACAGGGCAGGCCCAAAAACCACAGCACAUCUUUGUCAAUGCUUCUUGGUAAAAGGGAACAUAAGCAAUGGUUUCCUUCAAGCACCCAACUCCCUGGUGCGGAAUCCUUCCACGUGCGCUCGAAUCUGGGACAGCUCCAACCCCGUCCUCCCAAGAAAACAAGCCCUGAGCUGUUGGGCUGCAACAACACGAUGUCUCACAGACAUUUGCACCUCUGAUGUCACUUCUAAUGUUUUUAAAGAAACUUUGAAUACAUUCAAGGUGAAUUUAAUAACCUCCUGUUAUCCAGAAAAGGCAAAGUACAGAAAAAAUAAAGAUCUCACCUGCACUUGUAUCUAUUAUGGUCAACUCAUGUUAACAGAAUGUUUUGCUUUAAUACUUGACUUACAUUAAUACCUCACAUUAUUACACGUAUGAAGCCAAAUAUGACGCUAACUUAGUUGCUUACAACCUCAAACCUUACUCCCAAUACACAUUCCAAUAAAUUUAUUCUGUAAAAACAAUA